AUGCUGAAUUCAUUUUCCAGACUCACGACUAGAAUGACGAAUAUUGAGCAGCUAAAAAGCCUAAGGGCAUUAGGCAAACUUGAGCAAGUGUCCGCAUCUUGCCAUCACUUGGGAUUUUUCAACAAUGUCGGUCUCUCGGCCCACUACAAACUUCCGACGGCAUCGUCCGUAGCUGUCUCCGACAUACCUAAUCUCGUCUACACUGCAGCUGCAGCUGUGAUUAGCAAGCACCGUAUACUAUUUGCCGUACCUGUCGAUGAAGCCACUCCCAAUGCCUACUUUGCCUCGCUUCCUUCAAUCGAUAUCAAUCGAAGCGUCAAGUUCAUAACACGAUCAAAACCUUUGAAUAGCCUUGAUGAAGGUGAAGACAAAGAACUUGAUGCGAUACUUGAAGAUCAGCACAACACCGACUUCAAAGCCGACUAUGGCUCUUUGCCAUUCUGGCGCCUGAUUAUUCUAAGAAACUCUAAGAUAGAUGUAGAUUUCACCGCCAUAUUCAUCUAUCAUCAUGCUAUUGGUGAUGGGGUCUCUGGCUUGGUGUUCCACAGGGCGUUCUACAACGAGCUAGAGGCUCUUUCUUCGUCUUCAUCUUCUGGUUUCCAAAGUGGAAAAGGGGUCGUAUUUCAUGAAAAUACUCAAGUGCUUCCGGCCCUCGAGGAAUUGCAUCCUCUUCCGAUUAAUCCCAAACCCCCCAUCCACUCCUCGGCAAAUUCUAAUGAGUGGACGGGCAGCUCUAUCCGCUACCCUUGCAAGUCUCGCUGGAUGUCUCUUCAUCUACCGUCGAGCACUUCCAAAUUAUUCUUUGGCAAAUGCAGGGAAAACGAGGUGUCUGUAGCAUCUGUCAUAUCAUCUAUCAUCGCUACAGCCUUAUUUAGUAUUCUUCCGCCCACCGUUGAGGUACUCACAUGUAUCAUUCCAGUCAACCUACGGCCAUGGCUCCGACUAUCCGGUGAAAGUGCCAAUGCUGCGAUUGGCACAUACUUUGAUGCCACCAGAGUGCGCUUCACGCGGGCUAAUCAAGAUUCUCAAGCCCCCACCUCGACACACAAUAUCUGGAUCGGAGCUCAGCAAGCAUCAAAGGGAAUUAGAUGCUACCUGGAAGACGUCUCACCAUCUGGAGAACCUUACACAUCCGUUUCUGUGCUUCAAACUAUACCAGAUGUCUCUAGUAUCUUCAGUUCAAUGGUUGGAAAGACUCGCGACGCUGCGUUUGAAGUUACCAACGUCGGAGUCUUUUCUGCAGUAGGAAAAGUGCUACUCAGCCGAAGCUCUUUGGCCACUGGAGCUGCAAUGACUGCCAGUGUCGCCACCGGAGGGGAUGGCUCAAUGACAGUAGGUUUUAGUUGGCAGGACGGUGUACUUGAUGAUGACUUUGUAGAGAGGUUCAAACAGGAGAUCAGGAAGAAUUUCGAAGAGCUGGAAUAA